UGAAGGCGCUCAAGGACUUGGCCUACAGCCCCUCCGACACUCUCGACGAGUACUGCGCAAACAAGAAACCGGCUCCUGCUCCUGGAACGGUCCAGAUGCAUCCUUGUUGCAUAGCGGCCGUUUUCCCAUCAUCAGAACAGAUAAAUUCUACAUUACUGCUUAGCCCUUGUACUUAAGAACUUUCACUUAAGAGUAAAAUAUAUGACCGGUCCUUAAACUUGUGACGCGGUACCACUUAGAUCCAUAAACUUAGAAAAUGUACGUUUAGGUCAUGAACUCGUUUUACCAUAGAUAGUACAUUUGAAACGAGUUCAUAGACCUGGAUGAUACAUUAAAAACAAGUUCAUGGACCUAAACUUACAUUUUCUAAGUUUAUGGACCUAAAUGGUACCGCGCCACAAGUUUAAGGACCGGUCAUGUAUUUUGCUCUUAAUAAUUCUACCCUACUGUCAAGGUGAUUGAAACCCUGCCCUGCCCUGCCCUGCAGCUGACAUGGAUGGUCUUAUGCCUUCGGACUGUGUCCAAGAUUACCAUGGCCCGCAAGAUUAACAUGUUGCUGAAAAAACUGAUCGACAUCUCCGAAAGUUUUCGUCAUUUCCAGUUCAUAAAUGCCAACUUAUCAAUGGAAACAUCGAGUUUUCAACCGGUAAACAUUGUGGGAAGGGGCGGAGCAGAGCGUUAUAUAGUUAAGUUGUUAUCUGCUAGCGCUACCCAACAAGGCCCCAUCAUUCUUCCGAUCGUUGGGAAGGGAGGAGUAGGCAAGACUACCUUGGCUCAGAUGAUUUUUAACAAUCCACGAUUCAGCAACUACUCUCGUGCCUGGGUCUGUGUGUCGGAAGAGUUUGACUUGCGCAAAAUAGGAUUGUCCCUACUUUCCCUAAUUUCCCCGGUGACAGCCAAUGAGAGCCUGCUAUCAAUUGAUACAUUUGAGCUCAUGAUUCACUACCUUCGUGCUAUACCACGUGGGAAUAUUUUCAUAGUUUUAGAUGACAUAUGGGUGGAUGACCAUUUUCAGCUAAAUCUCUUGAAGAGGCUCAUAUCAAGUGUUGGCGAGGAGGGCAGUGAGGUGAUUGUCAUAAUAACCACACGCAACGAAGUCACCGCAGGGAUACUCUGUACGCUUCAACCAUACUGGCUCAGCCCAUUGACUGAUUAUAUGUGCUGGCAAAUAAUCCAACAAUCAAGUGGCUUCCAAUAUAUAGAAAACCAACAGGAGUUGGAGCAUGUUGGACAGAUGAUUGCAAUAAAAUGUGGGGGUUUACCAUUAGCAGCUAAAGUAUUUGGGCAGAUGUUGCGGUCCGAAGAUGCUAGCGGAUGGUCUGCACUGAUGAACCGUGAUGCCUGGAAUAUUAAAAAUGAUGAAGGUCUUGAUGAUUUAAAGUUAAAAUUCCUAUCUAUGCCGCUACAUUUGAGGUCAUGCUUUGCCUACUUGGCCAUCUUCCCCAGUGGUCACCAUAUAGUUAAACAUGAACUUAUUCAUCAAUGGAUUGCUGCCGGUCUUGUUGAGCAACCUGUUGGCUCGACUUUGUCAAACACUGACCUUGCUGAGCAUUAUAUCAAUGAGCUUUUGAGAAUAUUAUUCCUUCAAAAUCCAACUUCAGCUUUGACUAGUGAAAAGAAUGAAAAAAACGUGACGUUUUUUAAUACUCAUGUUCUCUUGCAUGAUCUAGCAAUAUCAGCUAUGGGAUCUGAUUUUAUUAAUCGGGAUGGUAGAGGUGGGGCAUCUUCUAGGGAAAAUAAUUGCCGUUAUGCAUUGCUCACUAAUUUUGAAGGCACACCCAAGUUAUCCAGUAUAUUGCCUUCCCGGCUAAGGGUACUACGCUUUCAGGGCUGUAAUGGAAUAGAGUUAAGCGAGGAUGCGUUUUCAUUUGCCAAGUACCUCCUUGUCUUGGAUUUAAGUGAAUGUUCAGUAAAGAAGCUGCCUGCCUCUAUCGGGCAACUGAAGUGUUUGAGAUAUCUUAAUGCCCCAAGGAUUCAAGAUGCAGUGUUUCCCGCUGUUAUCACUCGACUUUCCAGGUUAAUCUACCUUGGCCUUCAUGGAACCUCUAAAAUAUCUAAACUAAGAGAAUCAAUUGACAGGCUUGAAGAUCUGGUGCACGUUGAUUUAUCAGGCUGCUCUGGGCUAGAAACAUUGCCAGAGUCAUUUGGGAACAUCAAGUGUCUGGUGCAUCUUGAUUUAUCAGGAUGCUCUAAGUUAAAAACACUGCCGGAAUCUUUUAAGAGCCUCAAGAACUUGGUGCAUCUAGAUUUAUCAGAAUGCUCCUGUCUUCAAGGCGUGAUAGAUGCUUUGCAUGACCUCAGUAGACUCAGAUAUUUGAACUUGUCACACCCCUGCGGUUACUUUGUUGAAGACCGGUUCCAUCUCAGUGGCCUUAAUGAAGUUUUGCCCAAACUCGAAGAAUUACAAUAUCUGAACCUAUCGAUGUGCCUGAAUCCCCUCUGUUUCACCUUAGAACCUGAGGACGGUCUCGCGUAUGUUGCUAAAUGUAUCACUGGCCUUGGCAAGCUAGAACAUCUGGACUUAUCUCACAAUAAAUUUCUUUCUGAGCUGCCAUCUGAAAGUCUAGCCGGCCUCACAAAGAUGCAUACACUUGUCCUGUCAGGCUGCUUCAGGCUAAAGAGCCUACCAAAAUGUAUAGCAAACCUGUCAGAACUUUCAAAGAUUGACUUGUCUGGCUGCCCACAUCUCGAGUCAUUACCGAACAGCAUAGAGGAGCUCCGGUUUGCACUGCUACAGAGCCAUGAAAACAAUCAUUCACAUGAGGAAGAGAUUAAGGAGGUCAAGGAGCCUCAUUGCUCGAGCCAGUCGACUUCGAGAGGUUGAUGAUGUUACACUUUACUUUAUGAAAUUUUUUUGAUUAGACUUCGUAUCGGAUGUAUAACCGAAAGAUUAUUUCAACGACUAAUUAAAAAACUAGUUAUAUAGAGUGCCAGGAAACUACGAGAUGAAUUUUUAAAAUCUAAUUAAUCUAUCAUUAGCAUAUGUGAGUUACUGUAACCAUUAUGGCUCAAAAGGUUCAUCUCGCAAGCUUCUUCCAAAACUGUGUAAUUAAUUAUUUUUUAACUCUAUUUAACGCUCAUUUAUGUAUCAAAAUCAGGGACAUGUUUUAGUUUCCAUUUAUGUUUGAAGGAUUUCCGAAGCCUAUAUUGGAACUUGGAAAUCAUACCAUGUAGGUAUUCAAUUAUGGUGUAUGGGUCAG